GGAACAGCCGCCGGAGCUCACUCAAGCCCGCAAAAAGUUUCUUCUUCCUUGAGAAAACGCGGUGCAUAAAGUUCAGCCGGGAAGAAGUCGCCGUUCGGACCGUCGCCUUCCCUCUCCCCGCGCCGGAGCGCAGAGGCCCGCGGCAGAGCUGUGUGGUUUGUGUUUCCUUCCCCUCCCCUCGCCCCCCUUCCACCUGAAGGAAUUUAUGACACAGAUGAAAACUGAAACGGAGCUGGAGCGGCGGCUGAGAGACGCAGUGAUGUAGCCGGGGGAUUAAACGGGGUGGAGGUGAUGUCACCGUGCCUGCACAGCAAAACGCACACAUACACGCACACCCCCCACCCCCCGGAGGAACGGGGCUGCCAAAGCAGAGCGAUCGGCCCCACGUCACUCGUGCCGCUGGUAUAAAUGCGGUCCUGCGAUGUCCAUGGCUGUCGGCGUGGCGGCUCCCGCGACUUGACUGCAGCAGGGCUCUGGGAGGCAGAGCCACUCCGCUCUCUUCGGCCGCCGGGACCCGCGGUGCGGCGGCGAACAAGGAGGAGAAGGAGGAGGAAGAGGAUGCUGCGCGCCUUGGUGGCGGUGUCCCUUUGGCUGCGGGUGAGCCCGCGGGCGCAGGGCGCGCCGUGCGAGGCGGUUCGCAUCCCCAUGUGCCGCCCCAUGCCCUGGAAUAUCACCCGCAUGCCCAACCACCUCCACCACAGCACCCAGGAAAACGCCGUCCUCGCUAUCGAACAGUACGAGGAGCUGGUGGCCAUCGGCUGCAGCCCGGUCCUGCCCUUUUUCCUCUGCGCCAUGUACGCGCCCAUCUGCACUCUGGAGUUCCUCUACGACCCCAUCAAGCCGUGCCGCUCCGUCUGCCAGCGCGCUCGCGACGACUGCGAGCCCAUCAUGCGCCGCUACAACCACAGCUGGCCCGAGAGCUUGGCUUGCGACGACCUCCCCGUCUACGACCGCGGCGUCUGCAUCUCCCCAGAGGCCAUCGUCACCGACGUGCCGGAGGAUGUGAAGUGGACGGACUUCACACAGGGCUUUAUGAUGCCGGACAGACCCCUGGAGCCUGACUGCAGGAGCCGCGGCCAGGGUGAGCCUAGGACAAGCCCCCGCCUCCACCUCCCCGGAGACUGGGUCCCUCUGACACCCCUCAACCUUUCUCCCUUCUCUUCCUUUGAAGACCGGUGCAGGUGCAAAAAGACAAAGCCUACUCUGUCAACCUACUUGGUCAAGAACUACAGCUACAUCAUUCAUGCUCAAGUCAAAAGCAUAGAAAGAGGGAACUGCAAUGAGGUAACAACUGUAGUUGAAGUCAAAGAUGUACUCAAGUCUUCAACACCAAUUCCUCUGUCCCAAGUGCCUCUUCUUACAAAUUCCUCCUGCCAGUGCCCGCCUCUUCAACCAAAGCAGGAUGUUCUCAUCAUGUGCUAUGAGUGGCACUCAAGGUUGAUGCUUCUCGAUGGAUGUCUAGUUGAAAAAUGGAAGGACCAACUAAACAGAAGAUUUAAGAGGUGGGAGCAGCGACUGCAAGAACAAAAAAGGCGAACUGCCCGCAGUAAGAACCAGAACUCAGGACGCAGUGGUCAGAGUGGAGCCCUGAAACCGCAAACCAAGAACACCAACCCACUGAUCAGUGGCCCCAAAAAGGCCAUUAAAAUAAGAAAUGUCCAGAAAGAAAUCAACCCCAAAAAAGUAUGAGUGUGAAAUUCCUGAAAGGAAGGACUUCCCCUGAAUGACAAGGGUCACAAUCUAGCUUGGCCAGCAUGUUUUAUUAAUCUGGAACUCAUCGACUUAAAAAAUCUUGUCGGUUUCUACGUAGACCUUUUUUGCUGCACUUUACUGUUACAAGGUUUGCUUAUCCUUUCAAGUCACUGCAAGCCAUAGAGCAUAGAUUUGCACUAAUAUGAGGUAGGCAUAUUUCAGCUGACUGAGCUUUAUCUUUGGCCUCUGAUUUCCCGUCUUGAUACAACUAGCCUUGGAUGCCA